GCACCCUUGAGAAAAAAAAAAAGACGCCGCGGCAGCUAUAAAUGCCUCCGCCUCCACGGGCGGCUCGCCCAUUUCCAAUUCGAAUUCUAGGGUUUUGCUGGUGCUGCUCGCCGUGCUCUUCGUAGCCGCAUCGGUGCGGUUCACAGCGUGCGGCUAAGAUGGCGCUGCCGAAUCAGGGCACCGUGGAUUACCCCAGCUUCAAGCUCGUCAUCGUCGGCGAUGGCGGAACGGGUAAAACCACAUUUGUGAAGAGGCAUCUCACCGGAGAGUUCGAGAAGAAAUACGAGCCAACCAUUGGUGUUGAAGUUCAUCCAUUGGAUUUCACCACAAACUGUGGUAAGAUCCGUUUCUACUGCUGGGACACUGCUGGGCAAGAGAAGUUUGGUGGCCUUCGGGAUGGAUACUAUAUUCAUGGUCAGUGUGCGAUUAUUAUGUUUGAUGUAACCUCAAGGCUGACUUACAAGAAUGUUCCUACAUGGCAUAGGGACCUGUGCAGGGUGUGUGAAAACAUCCCCAUUGUCCUCUGCGGUAACAAGGUUGAUGUGAAGAACAGGCAGGUCAAGGCCAAGCAGGUCACUUUCCACAGGAAGAAGAACCUACAGUACUAUGAAAUUUCUGCCAAGAGUAACUACAACUUUGAGAAGCCUUUCCUUUAUCUUGCAAGGAAACUGGCUGGUGAUCCGAACCUUCACUUUGUUGAAGCGGUAGCUCUUAAGCCACCAGAAGUUAACAUCGACAUGGCUAUGCAGCAACAGCAUGAAGCUGAGCUUGCUGCAGCCGCAGCACAACCUCUUCCUGAUGACGAUGACGAUCUGAUUGAGUAGAGAGAGGAUCACGAGUCUCAUACUUCAGCAGACGGAGUUGUGCUUUCCAUAAGAGUUGUUUUGGGUGAAUGCUCGCUAGAGUUAGCGUUGCCUGUCUCUGGAUCUUUCCCGUCUCUCGGACACGUUGAAACAUUUUGAAUGUGUGACGCCGUUCUACAUGUUGCCAUGAAUUUGUUGGCUCCUUUUAUACAUUGCUUUGUACUCUGGUUGUUGGUAAACAUUGUUGUGGCAGUCGUUUUGUACUGCCCAGAUUAUCAAUCUAUCCGCUGUACCAUAUAAAACUGCGUUUGUCA